CGGCGGUCAGAGUUGCCAGACAGGCGGCGAGCACGUUUUAUUUACAAAUUUUGUAUUUCUUAUAAUAUUGACCUAAGCACCAUAUUAAAUAUAUUUAAUAUUUGUCUUAAAAAUAAAAAAAAUGGGGCGAAACAAGAAACAAAAUCCGUUUGCAGCUCGAAAACGCCAAAAGCGAGAAAACGGUCCUGAGCGUCCAGAUCGUAGAGCGCUGCCCUACGAGGAGAUCAAGAGGGAUAAUGCCUUCUUCAUCAAGUACUACCACCUGCAGAAGAUCUGCGCCAGCGAGGAGGAGUGGUCGCAGUUCCUUGAAUCUAUUAGGGACAACCUGCCCACCACUUUUCGGGUGACCGGCUUCAAGGACGAGGCGAAGGCGCUGCUUUCUAUUAUAGAAACUCAGCUCUUCACGGAAUAUGUAAGGGCGGUGGCCGAGCUGCACCAGAAGGCGCCGGAGGAUGUGGAGCGUCCGCUGUGCCUCCCUUGGUAUCCGAAUGGUCUGGCCUAUCAGCUUCACCUCACACGCAAGGACAUCCGUCGAUCGGAGCCUCUCUACCGGCUUCACAACUUCCUUAUUGUGGAGACCACAGCGGGCGGAAUCAGUCGGCAGGAGGCCGUCUCUAUGAUUCCACCUAUCGUCCUGGAUGUUCAACCUACUGACAAAGUUUUGGACAUGUGUGCUGCUCCGGGUUCCAAGACAGCUCAGCUUAUCGAAGCCCUCCAUGCCUGCCCCGAGAAAUAUAAAAUUCCACCUGGCUUUGUCCUUGCCAACGAUGUGGACAACAAUCGCUGCUACAUGUUGGUCCACCAGGCCAAGCGUUUGAACUCGCCUUGCCUGCUGGUGACUAACCACGACAGCAGUGUCUUCCCCAACCUGCUCACCAGCCAGGAGGAUGGGUCGAAGGGCAUCCUCAAGUUCGACAAGAUCCUGUGCGAUGUUCCCUGCUCCGGUGACGGUACGUUGCGAAAGAACCCAGACAUUUGGCUCAAGUGGAAUUUGGCACAGGCGUACAAUCUGCACGGCAUUCAGUAUAGGAUCGUUAGACGUGGCGCCGAAAUGUUGGAGGUGGGCGGUCGCCUGGUUUACUCCACGUGCUCACUGAAUCCCAUCGAGAACGAGGCGGUGCUGCAGCGCAUUCUCAAGGAGGCAGAUGGUGCCCUUGAACUGGUGGACGCGGGUCACCUGGUGCCGGGGCUCAAGUACAAGCCAGGCAUGACCGACUGGAAGCUGGCCACCAAGGAGGUGGAUCAAAUCUUCACUAGUUUCGACGAGGUGCCCGAGAGCCUUCACACCAUCAUUCGGCCUGGCAUGUUCCCGCUUCCAGCUGAGGAAAUGGCCAAGAUCGGACUGGAGAAGUGUCUCAGAGUGCUACCUCAUCUGCAGGACAGCGGCGGCUUCUUCGUGGCGGUCUUGGAGAAGCGACGCCAGCUAAGCUUCGAGAAGAACGAUGUGGUGGAGCUGGUGGCGCAGAACGAGAAGGCCAAGCAGCCGGCGGAUGAGCCGAAGCUCGACGAAGAGGGCAAGCCUAUUGAGGAGAAGUCCGUUCCGUGGGGACCGCAGCGUAAGAAGCGACGGCUGCACGGUUACAAAGAAGAUCCUUAUGUGUUUUUCGGUGAAAAUGAUCCCGAUUACGUGGCCAUCAAGGAGUUCUACCAGCUGGACGAAUCCCUCAACCAGCGGUGCCUCCUUACGCGCUGCAUCACCGACAAAAAGAAGAACAUCUACUACUGCUCGGACCCCAUCAGGGAUUUGGUGCUCAACAAUGAGCACAACAUCAAGAUCAUUAACACGGGCGUCAAAACUUUCGUGCGCUGCGAGAACCGACACACGGUGCACCCGUUCCGUUUGGCGCAGGAGGGCCUGCAGACCUCGAACGCUUUCAUGGGGGCCAACAGGCGAAUCGAGGUGGAGCGGGAGGAUCUUGUGAUGAUGCUCAACUGCACCGAUCCCACGCAGCCGCCGUCGACGCACGAGCUGAAGAAGGAAACCCAGGAGCGCUGCAAGGAGUUGGGAGUGGGCAGCUGCAUUCUCAAGUACGUGGAUCCGCGGUUCACUUUGUACACUGUGGGCUGGCGUGGAACCUCAAGCCUGCGGGCCUAUGUCCACAAGGACGAGACCAUUCACAUCCUGCGGCUGCUGGGCGCCGACCUCAGCAAGUUCGAAACGAACAAGUACGAGGAUGCGAGAAUCGCGGCCGCCGCAGCAGAUGCAGCUGCUGCAGAAGCCAACAAAGAAGUUGAGGCAGGUGCUGAUGAGUUGGAAUCCACUGACGAUACUGUUGCUGACGUUCCUGUUAACCCCGAAGAAGAGUCCACCAAGAGCUAGUGCUUGUCAGUAAAUGUAGCAUUUAAGCGGACCAAUUCCACCUGUAAAGUGGCCUGUAUAAUCAUUACGAAUCAGAAGUAUAUAAUCCAUUAAAGUGGAAGAUGCAAAGUUGAA